CCUCCAGAGCAGACGAGACGAGACGGCCGUCGCCUUCCUAGAGCGGUGGAUCGCUACUUCCGGCUCUGCUGCAGCCAUUUUGCCGUGAGACAGCAGGGAGCUGGGCUGGUGCGAUGUUUUCCACGGCUGGUUACGCGGACUUCAGGCCCGGGAUGGGCUACGAGCUCGGCGCGCCCGUGCAGCACCGCUUCUCUCCCUACACCUUUAACGGAGGGACUGUGUUGGCCAUCGCUGGAGAAGACUUUUCUGUUGUCGCCUCUGACACACGACUGAGUGAAGGUUAUGCAAUUCACUGCCGGGACAGUCCAAAGUGCUACAAACUAACAGAACAAACGGUCAUUGGAUGCACUGGUUUCCAUGGUGACUGCCUUACCCUUACUAAAAUUAUUGAAGCAAGAUUAAAGAUGUACAAGCAUUCCAAUAACAAGACCAUGACUACUGGAGCUAUUGCAGCAAUGCUGUCUACAAUUCUGUAUUCUCGACGUUUCUUUCCUUACUACGUUUACAACAUAAUUGGUGGACUUGAUGAAGAAGGGAAGGGAGCAGUAUAUAGCUUUGAUCCAGUAGGCUCAUACCAGAGAGAUUCUUUCAAAGCAGGUGGAUCAGCAAGUGCCAUGCUGCAACCCUUGCUUGAUAACCAGAUUGGCUUCAAGAACAUGCAAAAUGUAGAACAUGUACCUCUGACCCUGGAGAAGGCUUUGCAGCUGGUUAAAGAUGUCUUUAUUUCUGCUGCUGAGAGAGACGUGUACACUGGGGAUGCAGUUAAGAUUUGCAUUGUCACAAAAGAAGGAAUCAAAGAGGAAACUGUCCAAUUACGAAAAGACUAAUUCAGUUCACUUACAAACACAUAAUCUAUGUUGUACAAUUUACCUGUAUGAUGAAGACAUUUGUCUUAUUAAACUUUUUCAUGAAGUCCA